UCAUGCAAGCUACAAAGCUGCUGACCUGACAAUAAAGCUGCACACUGCACGGAGGAGUGAACACAGAAGAGGCAGCAGAGGGACGAGACAAUAACUGCAACACAGGGAGGAAACAUUGCUUCAAAAGAGUAGAAACACUGCUUUUGACAUAAAAGUGAUGGACUUUUCAUGGCAACUGAAACCGAGGACCAAAAAGAACAGCAACUGAGACAAGGAAGUUUACAUGGACCGACUGACAAACAGCAGAAGACGGUGACAAACUCAUCUUUGUCCAAUUUCUAAGCACUUCAUCAAAGCAUCGGGGUGCUUGUAGUUUUUUCUCCACUGUCUACAGUUACUGCCAUGUCCCUGUUCAGCUGGAUGAAACGGUCGCGCGAGACAAAAGUGCAGACUCACAACGAUGCGUCACCUUUCAAGACCUCAGCUGUUGUUCCCAGCUGCAUGUUGAUCAGAGAGCUCCUGUGGCAUGUGGAGCAGCGUGAGCAAAUGGCGAGGGAACUGGAACAAGAGCACAGGCUGGCCAACAGCUCUCUGGGUCUCCACUGUUUUCAUAAGUAUCCUAGGCUACACACCCUGAUCCCAACAUCAGACCUAUACCAACUGGAAUUCCUGUGUGCCCAGAUUCCACCUGUUCACACGGCAACCAUCCUUUCCAGGUUUCGCGAGGUGCUUGCCACAAACAACAUAAGGCCCUGGGAGCUGACGUCGGCCUUUAAGCAGGUGCUAAGAGACUUCCUGAACCAAAUGCCCUCUGGCAAACAGGACAAUAUCUCAGUGCAGCAAAAACAGCUACGGUCAAUGGAGUCUUGGACCAGUCGUUAUAAAAUGAAGCAGAGGUUCGUUACACCAAUUGUUGCCAACUGUGGAGAUCACUCGAGGGAAGAGAUCCCAACAAUCUCUGGAUAUGUGGACCGGGCCACGUGGCACAGUAAUUCAUUCACAAUCAAAAGGGACUGGGACCUUUCAUAUUACUAUCCAAUAUCUCUUGGACCUAAAAGAGCAUACAGCACUACACUGUGAUAGAACAGUUAUUUCCUUCUGAGAAGAAAAAUGGAUAUCUGUAUUAGUUUUAGAUAAGUCCAAGCUUGCAACUAAACAGUUAAUUGAAUUGAAUUUUUUGCGUGCCUGUUAAAAUUCAUGACUUCUGUGUUUGUUUAUUAAGUGGGACAUUGUGUACUAGUUAAAUCAGAGUUAGGAGAUGAGCUCUGAAUAGCCUUUUACAUUUCUGCUAUUUCUAAAAACAUCCAAGCAAAUCACCAUCAGAACGACAAACAGAAUGACAUUCAACAACAACUCCUCCUAUGUUUACUUUUUUGUGACAAUGUCAGGAUAUUCAAAUGUGUAAUAGUUAAUAUUUUGAGGCUGGGAUUCCAGCAUCUAGCAUGUGGUAACACUGUGGCAGUUA